AUGGAGAACAUCACUACAGUGAAUGAGUUUCUUUUGCUGGGACUGACCUCCAUUCAGGAGCUUCAACCUGUCAUCUUUAUGAUUUUCUUCAUUCUAUACAUAAUAAAUCUGUUUGGAAAUGGGGCUAUAUUAGUGAUCAUCAUUUUAGAGCCACGACUCCAUUCCCCUAUGUAUUUUUUCCUGGGAAAUCUUUCUUGUCUGGAUAUUUGCUAUUCUUCAGUGACACUGCCUAAACUCAUGUCAAACCUCCUCUCCACUCAUAAGGCCAUUUCUUUCCUAGGCUGCAUCACUCAGAUACACUUUUUCCACUUUCUGGGCUGCACUGAAUCCAUCUUGCUGGCCAUGAUGGGCUUGGACCGAUUUGUGGCCAUCUGCUACCCACUUCACUACACUGUCGUCAUGAACCCUCAGGUGUGUAUUCUUUUGGCAUCUGUGACCUGGCUGACCAGUUUCUUUUAUGCUCUGAUGCAUUCUGUCAUGACUGCACGCCUGAACUUUUGCCACUCGCAACAACUCAAUUACUUCUUCUGCGAUGUCAAACCCCUUUUAGAACUGGCUUGUGGGGAUAUACAGCUCAAUCAGUGGCUCAUUUUCAUUGUCACUGGCAGCUUAGCAAUGGCAGCAUGCUUCCUCACUCUCCUCUCCUACAUCUAUAUUAUUGUUUUUCUUCUGUUCAAGAACCAGAGCUGCAGGGUGCUCCACAAAGCUCUGUCCACUUGUGCCUCCCAUUUCAUGGUGGUAUCUCUCUUUUAUGGGACCGUAGGGCUCACUUACAUUCCCCCUAUCUCUGCCACCUCUGUAAUACAGGGUCGGUUUGUGGCCGUCAUACACACUACUAUCACUCCAGUAAUGAAUCCAUUGAUAUAUACCCUCAGGAAUAAGGAAGUGAUGUUGGCUAUGAAAAAAGUCUUUGGGAGGAAGCUGUUUAACUAA